AUGGCCUCUCGCUCAAAGCGCGAUCCCACAAUGUAUUCCUUUAUGAAUGGGGCUGAUCUGGUCGAGGAACUUCUUAAGGAGGAUGGAUUCACAACCUGGGGCUUCAAUUUCAUGGCUCGCAUGGUCGGCGCCGUCUCAGAAGACCUUAAGGAAUACAGUGGCCUUGCUCUCCUCGACACAUUCGCCCCAACGGUCUUAGAAGACCCCUCCUUUGAGGGUGCUACGGUUGCCACCCUACGCGAGCACUUCCAUCCGUGGAAGAAGACUGCAUUGAAAGAGGAACAGGGCGUGAGCGAAGACUACACUCCAACGAGCGGCCGAUACCGCUUCUUCAUCACUGUGGACCAGGAGGCUAUGGAGUCCGUUCUAAACACCCCCUUAGGAGGGUUCGAAGAAUAUAAAUUAGGGCAUGUCCGCAUGGUUAAUGCUGAAUGGAAAUGGACAGAUGCGCCUGAAGAGGUCUCUGAGGACGAGGAUAUAUCAGAGCCUGAGGAGUUUGAGCCCCUUGAAGGGUGUACUGAGGAUGACGUGGGCUGGAUGAACAUACGCUGGCGUAUUGUGCAGCUUCCGGGCCACAAGAUGACUGAGAUUGAUGACUGGCAGGCGUAUUAUGUCCGGUAUCCGGGGAUCGCAGACAUAAAUUGA